AUGGGGAUUAGUCUUGCUGCAGAGUACCAGAAUCAGGCCUACGACAGGGAGGUGAUCAACUGGGCUCUGGACUGGGCAUUCCGGUUCGAGGCAUUUCACAGUGUUCGUAACGCGACGUCGUCUUUCAACGAGCGGACGCAGAGCCUGUACUUGAAGUUGGGAUUUGUCGAGGAGGGAAGAGAUCGAGAGGCGUUUUGGCUUGACCGCAAGUGGCAUGAUGUGAUUCGGUACGGUACGUUGGAGCAUGAGUGGAAAGCGUUGCGAGGGUUGUAG